AUGGCCGCACCAGGCGCAGCUGCAAUUAUUGGAGCCCUUGGUCUUAUUCCAGGACCCCCAAAUCCUGCACCACCUCCUAUCCGAAUCAACUUUGUCCAUCUUCCACGCUUAAGCAUCACUACUUGUAUCCGAUGCCUUCAUAGGGCUGUUUAUCAGUUUAAACAUAUUGAUCGACCAGCCUUCCUAGCUGGAGGUCUACCUCUUACAAUCUUUCGAAUGAAUUGCCGAUAUACCAAUAUCAAUUCAAAGAAAUGUGCUAAGUGUACCAGCUCUGCUGACCACUGUACUCAGUGGAUGGAGGGGAUGUUAGGAGAUUGGCUUGAUUUCCAUGAGAUUCUUGGAUGGGCUGAGCAGACCCAAGGUGUUGCUGGGGUUGCUGGAAACGCCCUUGUAUCACCUACACUUGGUGUAGGAUUCGCAUGGGCUAACUACCCGACUGCUGCUGCUGCUGUACCAGAAGCAACUGGAAAGCUUGCCUUAGCAUUGGAUCAUGCUGUCAAAAUGCAUGCAAAGGAAUAUGGUUUACAUACAGGAGAGAAUGCUAGUAAACAUACACAAGAGGAAAAGGCUGUUUAUCAAACUGCAAUGAAUAGUCGACGGGCUAUUCAUGCUACAUUAACAGCCCCCCCGGCCCUGGCACCACCCGCAGUUGUACCAGCAGUGAAUCCUCUACCAAACGGGCCUGUAGCACCCAAUCGGCGGACAUUUCUUCGACUUGCACCACAAGAUCCUGGAUAUAAUGUCUGGCAGAUGGCUAUCCAGUCCUUUUUUUUUGAGAUUGCUCUUGCUGCUGCUCAAGAUGCUGCUGCUAAUCUUGUUGAUUGUCAAAAUCUUCGAGAUACAGCUCGAUAUUGGCUAAAGGAGCUUUGA